CCGCCAGCCUGGGCGGGGCUCGUCUUUUCUCCAAACGGCUUUACCUGCGAAACGGGGGAGUGGGAGCCCCUUGUCCCACCCACCUCUCUGUAAAUCUGAACAUUCUCCCAAACUGGAAAUUGUAAUUGUUGGUUCUGAACCGGGAAGGCUGCGUGGCUGUGUCACCCCGGGCGAGUCACUUAACCGCUCUGAUGCCCCGCUCCAGACCACUUUAAAUGGCUCCUCGGUGGUUUUCCCCUACGUCCUCCCCGCUGCGAAAACACUGGGGAUUCAGCCCCUACCUGCAGGGAACUUAUACUCUAAGGGGGAUAGAGCGAGUAAACUAAGCACCUGACGGACAGGUUAGCCGCUGUCUGCCUCGGCUUCCCCAGCUGUAAAAAGCAUCUUUGUGUGCCCAGGCAGUGGGCCAGGAGAGGCCCAGCGAAAGCAGGCUCCGCCCUGGAGACAACGUGCAGACAUCUGUGUGCAGUUCUGUGUAUGUGCGCACACGUGUGUAUGUAGGAGGACCUGGAAGCUCUGAUAGCACAAUUUCAAACAUUAGAUGCCAAAAAGACUCAGGUCACAGAGACGCCAUGCCCCCCACCUUCACCGAGGUUAAAUGCUUCCAUGUCUUCUCAUCCCGAGAAAGAAGAAUUAAUCCUUUUUGGAGACUUUUUUAUACAACGAACUCUAUUUCUACAAUAUUAGAAAGAAUACCUGGACAAAAGUUGAAAUCCCCAAUCCACCUCCAAGGCGCUGUGCUCAUCAGGGCAACAGGGGGGCCUUCAGGCCGGAGUGGACAUCGAAUGGUACCUUGGAAGAGACAAUUAAUCAUCUUUGGGGGAUUCCAUGAGAGUACAAGGGAUUACAUCUAUUACAAUGACGUCUAUGCCUUUAGCCUGGACACGUACACAUGGAGCAAGCUCUCUCCUUCAGGGACAGGUCCCACGCCAAGAUCUGGCUGUCAGAUGUCCGUCUCCCCCGAGGGCGCCAUCAUCAUCUACGGCGGCUACUCCAAACAGAGAGUGAAGAAGGAUGUUGACAAGGGCACUCUGCAUUCAGACAUGUUCCUGCUGAAGUGUGAGGAAGGCAAGGAAGAAGACAAAUGGAUGUGGACGCGUGUCAGUCCCUCAGGAGUAAAGCCCACUCCCAGGUCCGGGUUCUCGGUGGCCAUGGCUCCCAGUGGUCGAACGCUGCUUUUUGGGGGUGUUUGUGAUGAAGAAGAAGAAGAGAGCAUCGAGGGGGACUUCUUCAAUGACCUGUAUUUCUAUGAUAUCACCAAGAACCGCUGGUUUACAGGACAGCUGAAGGGCCCUAAGGCAGAGAAGAAAAAACGCCGGCGAGGCAAAAAGCCAGAGCCCGAGAGCGCUGAGAGCCAGGGCGAGGAGGCCGCCGCCACGCAGGGGCCGCGGGAGGAGAUCAGAGAGGUGGUGGCUGAGGACGGGACCGUCAUGACCAUUAAACAAGUGAUCCCUGUCUCUGUGGCGUCAGCGGCGUCCGAGUCUGAAGAGGAGGAGGCUUCCGACGAGGCUGGCAGUCCUGUGGUCGAGCCCUGUGCUCGCUCAAAUGCAAUGCUGGCCGUGAAGCAAGGGAUGCUCUACGUCUACGGGGGCAUGUUCGAAGCAGGCGACCGUCAGUUCACUCUCAAUGAUUUCUACUGCCUUGAUCUGCACAAGAUGGAAGAAUGGAAGGUCUUGGUGGAGAUGGAUCCCAAAACUCAGGAAUGGUUGGAGGAAAGCGACUCAGAAGAUGAAGAUGAAGUAGAAGGAGCAGGAGGGGGAGAGGAGGAAGAAGAUGAUGAGGAAACAGAGGAAGAAAGUGAAGAGGAUGAAGAAGGCGAUCAGCACCCAGCAAUUGAGCCUAAUGAAAAAUACAUUGACUAUCUGCCUCGGACUGAAGCAUAUUGGGUCAGGAUCGCCCGGAACAACAUGGGGCCUGAUGCAAAGGAGAAGAAGGUGAUCAAAGUUGCCCACGCCAUGGCCAAGACUUUUUAUGAUGAUGCAGUUUAAGGACAAAAAUUGGUGUUUGCUUCUCAGAAUGGCAAAAUACAGCUGAUGUCAUUAACAUUCUUGAAAAGGUUAUUUCUACAUAAACUGGGCCCAUUGCUAAGUGGCUUACAAGGUCCUUGUAAAGCCCUGGGAGGACCAGCACUUCUGGGUCACUCGGUUGCUCUCCUGUGAGCAGUCAGGAUUAGGGCCAUGCAUGGAGCAGCAAAUUUCCCAUUGGCCGGGAAUGAGAGCCAGACCUUGUACAUAAAGGGUUUGGAAGAAGGACGAUGAAAAGCUCCUAAGGAGCUACAAGGAGGCUAGGAAACCUUUGGGUAUUCUCAUUCUAUAGAAACAAGAAGUUUGUAUUGGAAACAGUUUUAUUCUUCAAUUCUCUAGAAACUGGGAGGUUUCCACACAUUUAACCUCUGAACCCUCAAGAAGCAGACCCAAGGUUGGUUGGACUCUAAUAAUUGUCCACAAAAUAAAGCGAUUUAUUUGGUUCGCUCUCUUAUUCUCUUUGAA